UAGUGUCUUCGAUAACGCAAAAAAUGCCGCCAAAAUUAAAGGAGAGUAUAACUUUUGUGAUGAAUGUUGGAAUCGUCCAACCUGGGACACAAAGUAAUUUGCAACUGUUGGACAAAGAGAAGUUUAUUCUUAAACAUAUUAUUCAAAAAAAGAUAUUUCUACGUCCUAAGGAUGAAAUGGGAGUGAUAUUGAUGGGCUCAGAUAGUAGUACAAGCGACAGUAUUACAGGAUUAGAUAAUGCACAGGAAUUAUGUAACAUGCAAAUUGGAAAUUGGAAUUUGAUAAAAAGCAUUGAGAAACUGCAACCCACAAAUCAGAUUUGUUCUUGGAUGGAUGCAAUUUAUGCUGCAGUCGAAUAUAUUAAACACGAAUGCGUAGAUAAAUGUGAGAGGAAAAUAAUCCUGUUGUCUUCUUUCACCGAAGAGGAAAAUGUUGUUGAUGUAUUUCAAGCAGAGGAUAUAAUAGAAAUACUAAAUUCAGAAGCAAUUUCACUCAUAGCAAUUGGAGAAAGAGCAUUACAUGAUAUAGAUGAAGAUUCUCAAACACCCAGUGAAGCACUACUUAUGAAUGUUCUACAACAGAUUAAUGGUCAGUAUCUCACAUUUGAUCAUGCUAUGUCAGAUGUGCGCUUCUACAAACGGCCAUCUACUAAACCGCUUCUAUGGCGUUGUCUGAUGGAAUUGGGCGAAUUAUGCAUACCGAUCGCUGGAAUUUCUAAAAUGCCGAGUGAAAUGAAAUUACCGGAAAUGAUAUUGAUGGGUAAGACAAGUACGUCCAAUACACCCGAUAAAGAAGUACCAAUUAAGAAUGUUGUACAAUGGAUGGACAACAAUAAGACCAUUCAUACAGAAGAAGAUAUUAUCCGUGGUUAUGUGUACGGUGGCAAGGCUAUUCCUGUUUCGGAUGAAGCUAAAAAAGCCAUGACUCCCAAAAACAAUGAAAAAAGUUAUAAGAUCCACGGUUUUACAAAGAGAGAAAAUAUUCCUAUGGAAUAUUGGCUGUCGGAUGGUUCUUACGUUAUUAUACCUGCUAACGAGGCAGCGAGUGCGCCAUUUUAUAGUCUAGUGCAAGCCAUGGUUGACAAAAAUGUUGUCGCGAUAGUAGAGAAGAUUUAUAGAGCAAAUACCGAAGCUAACAUGGUGGCAUUAUUUCCAAGUGUUGACAUAGAGAAUGAACCAUGGUGUCUUAUUGAGAUCGGUUUGCCAUUUGAGCGAGAUUAUGGAGCAAUAGCGCAGAAACCAUUGAAAGGCGUGAUGAAUCAACUGUCGCAGGAGCAGGAUAACGCAAUAGAUGAUCUGUUAAAAUCCUUAGAAUUACCUGAUGCUGCCGAUGAUGAUACAAUCAGUAGUAGUGAGAAAUAUUUACCGGGAUAUAUGCCGGAUCCUGGAACGCAACACAUGUGGGAUGUAUUAACAGUUCGUGCGCUUAAUCCAGAUAAACCGUUGCCGCCUAUCGCCGACGAUCUAUUGAAUCUUUUAGAGCAACCUGAAUUCAUAAAAGCAAAAUGCAAACCAGUGACCGAAAGAAUCAAAAACUUGUUUUUCUUAGAAAAAAAGAAGCCGCUUAGGAAGCGUAAAACACAAGAGGACGAUAAUAAACAAUCUGAUGCUAAUGAUGAUGCGCCUAUGACAUUUAAAGAAGAGCAAAGAGAUACUGGCAACAAUGAUGUAGACGAUAUCUCUGAUUUGUGCAGUUUCAAUUUUGAUGAUAUUGCUGAUAUAUAGGAAACUGCUGGCAGUAAUUAUUUUGGCAAUUACGUUACAAUACUAUACUUCUUGGAUCAUAUCUUGAUUCACAUUAUAUAAUCAACGAUUUAGAAACCAGAAACCAUUUAAUAAUAUAUUUUUGAAAUACAUAUUGAAUUAAAUUAAUUGCGAUGCGUUUUAGAUUUAAUAAACAAUAAAAGGAUGCAAUAUUAAUAUUGCAGUGAGAAAUAUAUAGAAUUUCUUUUUUCUAGAA